CUUCGGCAAACUACAUCAGGCUGACUGAGGAAAAUGGUUUCCGGUUUAAUCAAUGACAAUCCCAUUGUCUAUGAAAAAAAGGAGCACCGAACAAGAACUGCACCGGAUGAUGUUGACGAGUAUGCUGUGGAGCCCAUUGACCAACUAGAAAUUUUUGAUCAUCUUAGAGACAUAAAAGAUCCUGAGCAUCCCUAUUCCUUGGAAGAGCUGAAAGUUAUAUCAGAAGAUGCAAUUGAAGUAGAUGACAAGCAUAACUGUGUGAGGGUGACAUUCACUCCAACAGUUGAACAUUGCAGUAUGGCAACGGUGAUUGGCCUUUGCUUGCAAGUGAAACUCAAGUGCAGCCUGCCUAUGCGGUAUAAGGUAUGAGCUUUUGUUUUG